CACGGCCGCUUGCUGGCUGGUGGAGAGGGAAACGAGGCAGCUUUUGCCCAUCCAUGGGUCAGACCUGGCGCUCUGUGCAGGGGGGGGGAACAGCGAGGGCGGGUGGCAGUGCCAUCCAGACGGUGCCCCCGGAUUUAACCCCCUAGUCGGGUCCGAGCCCCCUCCUCUGACUCAAUGCCAGUGACGUCUCCUUACCCCGGAUGGGACCCCAGGACCCCUCUCCUUGCACCCCUCGCAGGAUGAACCCCUAUGCGGGGCUGGGGAGCCGCCUGCGGGCGGCCUGGCUCUCGGGGAAGACGCGGCCCGUGGAGUACCGCGUGGCCCAGCUGGAGGCCCUGGGCCGCUUCCUGGAGGAGAAGAAGCAGGACAUCCUGGAGGCCUUGGCCUCUGACAUGCGCAAGCCCCCCUUUGAAGUGGAGAUCUCCGAGAUCUCCAUUUGCAGGAGCGAGCUCAACUAUGCACUGAACAACCUGGGCUCCUGGAUGAAGGACGAACAUGUGGAGAAGAACUGGGUGACACAGCUGGACUCAGCCUUCAUCCGCAAGGACCCCUAUGGGGUGGUGCUCAUCAUUGCGCCCUGGAAUUACCCCAUCAACCUCCUCCUGGUGCCCCUCAUUGGGGCCAUUGCUGCCGGUAACUGCGUCGUCAUGAAACCCUCCGAGAUCAGCAAGGAAGUGGAGAAGUUAGUGGCAGAGAUGCUGCCCAGCUACUUGGACAAGGACUGCUUUGCUGUGGUGACAGCUGGCGUGGAGGAGACCAACAAACUGCUGGAGAACAAAUUCGACUACAUCUUCUUCACCGGCAGCCCCUCCGUGGGCAGGAUCAUUAUGACAGCCGCUGCCAAGCACCUGACGCCAGUGACGCUGGAGCUGGGGGGCAAGAACCCCUGCUACGUGUCUGACACCUGCGAGGUGCACAACGUGGCCAGGCGGGUGGCCUGGGGGCGCUUCUUCAACGCGGGACAGACCUGCGUGGCGCCCGACUACGUGCUGUGCAGCGUGGAGAUGCAGGACAAGCUGAUGCCAGCCCUGCGUGAGGCCAUCACCGAGUUUUACGGCCCCAACCCUCAGGAGUCCCCCGACUUUGCCCGCAUCGUGGGGGACAAGCAAUUCCAGCGGGUGCGGGCUCUGCUGAGCAGCGGGCGCGUGGCCAUCGGAGGGCAGACGGAUGAGCAGGAGCGCUACAUCGGUGAGGGCGCAGGACUGCAUCAUGGGGCAGGAGCGUUGGUGGAGGUGACGGGGCCCCUCUCCCCGCCGCGGUGGGUGCUUUCCCACAGAGCGUGGCACAUCGCAGGCCGCACGUGCUGGGUUUGGUAUUCGCGCUCAGGUUGCGCGAGGCCCUGCUACGAAAGCUCAGCUCUUGCCUCGGCUCUCCUCCCCUCUUCCGGGCUGUCUCACCCCGUGGACACCAAGCCAGCUUUGCCUUGAGGUCGCAUCCGCGUUGUCACUUGUUUCGGCCACAGAUCUCAGCUGAAGUCAGGACUUGCCCCGAUAUCCCCAUCCUCAAAAGGGCUUUUUUGCUGGCUGCUCCCAGCCGCUUUCCGUGCGGCUUUGAAGGAUCGGUUGAACUGAUCUCUCCCACAUACCUGACCCUCCACCACUGCCCUGGGUGGCUGAUCCUACCGGGCACCGGGCGCUCGUUGCCGCAUGCAGCGAAGCCGUUGGUGGCGGAGGCCCG